AUGCAAUCGCUCACGGCCUGCUGCUCACGAGUCACCACGACCGGCGCCGCCGGCGCCGCCCUCUCGUGCGACCCGGCCUCCGGCCUCGUCCUGGCCGUCUCCUCAAACCCCAACGAAGACGUCGACGCCAAGGUCUCCGUCGCCGCGACGUCCGGCAACACCCUGUCCUUCGCCGGUGCUGGCGGCGCGCCGUCCGCAACCUGCGAGACGCCCAGCCGCCCGCUGCAGUGGGACGCCCUCCCAACGCCCCUCGCCCCGACGUCCUCGGGCACGGCUGUACUGAAGAUUUCCAAGCCCGCGAGCGGGGCCGCCUGCGCGGCCGCAAGCUGCGCCGGGGCCACCCCGUCCGCGGGGGCAUACCUGGCAGUCAACCAGGGUCAUACCUGCGCCGUGACCCAGGCGGGCAGCGUGGCCUGCUCUGGGUUCAACCAGUGGGGCCAGCUGGGCGGCGGCAGCUUCAGCCAGGCAAACGCGCCGGUCAACGUGGGCGACAGCGUUGCCAACGCGCGCGCGGUCGUGGCCGGCCUGCGCCACUCGUGCGCCCUGCUGUCAUCCGGCAAGGUCAUGUGCUGGGGCAACAACCAGUACAGCCAGCUGGGCACCACCGCACUGACGGCCGACCAGAACACAUACAAGGCGACGCCCUACGCCGUCGACGGCCUCACCAAUGCGAUCGCCCUCAGUGCGGGCCCCUACUUCACUUGUGCCAUCACCAGCGACGGCGGCCUGCGCUGCUGGGGCCAGAAUCGCGCGGGGGAGGCUGCGGGGCAGGUCACAUCGGACAGCAUCCGCAGGACCCCCGGGGCCAGCGGCCUCAUAAGUAUUGGUGAUGUCAUCGCCGUUGCCGCCGGCGGGCCCCUGUCCGCCACCGCGGGCUUCACCUGUGUCGUCGUCCGCGGGGGCCAGGUCAAGUGCAUCGGCUCAAAUGGCGCCGGCCUGGUCAUCGACUCUUCAAAACCUGCAACAGAAGCCCGCCAGUCCUGGACCGACGUGGCCGUGAAGGACGCCGUCGAUAUCGCCGCCGGCCAGGCGCACGUCUGCGCGCUGCGCGUCGGCGGCAAGGUCAGCUGCUGGGGCUCGAGCGCGGCCGGCCAGGUCGGCAACGGCGUGCAGGGAUCGAACGUGCUCGCGCCCGUGGAGGUCGUCGGCGGCGGCGCGGUGUCGGUGUCGGCGGGCACGUCACACACGGCGGUGCUGAUGAGCGACGGCAGUGUCAGGACCUGGGGCUCAAACGCGUAUGGGCAGCUUGGCACUGGCAACCAGGCCGCAAGAUCCACCCCUGGCGCCGCCACCACCCUCCCUACAGCCACCGCCGCCGUGGCCGGCGGCGACUCGACCUGCGUCCUCACCGCCGCCGGGGCGCGGGCUUGCGUUGGGCGCGGCGAGUGGGGCAGCGCCGGCGACAACGCGCCGAAGCAGAGCAUCACGAGCGCGGUCAACGCGCAGGGCGGGCCGUAUCGCUCCGUCGGUGCCACCUUCGUGCGGGUGUCUGCAAGUGACGGCACCAACGUUUGCGACCUGCCGCUCUCUGUGAAGAUUGACUACACUUGUGAGCCACGCUGCCGCCUCGUGAUCCAGCAAGCCGCCGACGACAGUUUCGUCCCCGUCUCCUUCUCCCUCCCUGUCGACAUCGCCGGCUGCGUCGCCGCCGGUGUCGCAGCCGUCGCCGUCGCCAGCUACGUCGCCGUCUCCGUCGCCGGCUGCGUCGCCGUCGCCCAGCCCGACGACGACACCCCCCAGCCCGACGCCCCCCAGCACCAUCAACGAGAAGAUGGGCAUCUGGGUGAGUGCGAGCUCGUACGGAUCCCCUUCUACACCGCGGACGACAGCAUGUACACAAACCUUAUCACCAAGGUGGAGGGAUCAGAGUGCCUCAAGGGCAGCUUCAAAGCUGCUGUGCUGAUCGGACCGGAUUCCGGGCCGCCAAAGAUUGGUGACAAGGUCUACCAGGAGCGUUUCGCAAAGGUCGCCAACACCCAGGAGUUCACCACGUUCGGGUACCUCCACACCGGCUACGGCAAGCGGCCCCUCCAGGAGGUGCUGACUCAGAUCGACACGUGGCUCGACAAGGAGAAGGGCUUUGGCAGCCAGGUCCAGGGCAUAUGGGUGAACCAGGUGCCCCCCGCGGCGGACACGCCGGAGCUGGUGGCCUACUUUGAUGCCAUCAUAGAGCGCAUCCGUUUCUACUCUUCCCUCGUGUCUCUCAACCCUGGCACUGACAUGACAGACUGCAAACUGGCGGCCAAGGCUGACUUUGUCAACUCCUUUGAGAACACCUUUGACACCUGGAAGGCCACCAGCCCGUCAUGCACCUGUGCCAAGUCGACCCGCUGCAUCGCCAGCAUCCACUCCUACACUGGGCCGGGCCAGGUGGCAGACCUUGCCGCGCUGAUGGCAGAGACCUAUAAGCGCGGCUUCCAGGGCACCUUCAUCACAGAGCUCAAGAUGUGA